GCGUUUAAUUAUAAAAAAAGAAUAUCACAGUAAUACAUCACAUUUAGAAACAUUUAAAAAUAAUUAUGAAAUUCGUAUAUCAAUUUAAAAGCAAGAUUUGGAUGUCUUACCAAGCGAAAGCUAUCUAUAUGUUGAAGGAACUGCAAUGCAAUGGUACAAUCUUUAUUCAUGUAAAACUACUAAAUAAUUGUAUGGCACAUCUAUUUGAUGAAAUCGAUAUGGGCUUUUGAAUUAUAGAAUUUUAUCAUACACGUCGUAUUUGUGUAUCACUGAAGAUACUGCUUGGAUUUGCUGAAGAUUUUAAUAAAAUAAUAUUUAAUUCCAAACAUGAAUUGAUUUUGCUACGGUCGAAAAAUGAUAAACAAAUUCUUACAACUACUUUAGCAAGUGAAGAAAUUAAAUUAAGAAUAUGAAUUUUACAUGGAGGAUGUCAUAUGUUAAACUUGCUGAUGCUUACAAAUUGGAAGUGUUUAAAAAAUCAAUACUCACCAACCGUUAAAUAUGUGCCUCAGAACUUGGGAUAAGUAUUAUUAACCUACACUUCCAUAGAGCGCAGCUGGUUUAUGGAAUUUCGGAACGUCGAAAACAAAUUUGCUCAUUGUAAUUUAACAAAAAUAAAACUACAUCUAUUUUUAUAUAUCUUUUGAUCAUUAUAUCUUUAAAGACAGCGCAUGUUUGUAAAACAGGUUAUUAUAAUAAAAAUCAAUAUAUAUUUUUUUCUUCUUGUACUGAAAAUAGUAAUCUUACACCGAUCACUAUUAGUACUCCUCAGCUCGAACUCAAAAACUUUUAACUCAACCUAGCGAUGAUCUUCUGAAAAGUAAUAUGACAUUUGUUAUGAUGCAAGUAAGUGCAGCAUUCGAAACUAAAGAUAAUGAUCAUCUAUUAAAAAAUGAAGGUAAUGCUACAACGUUAACAAUUAUUACAACUUUUUCAUCACCUACUGAAACUCCAACACCACAACAACAACAACAACAACAAACAACAGAAGACACACCAUUAAAAUAUUUUUCAAUGGAUGAUGCUAUAGAGGCAUUUCGUAAACCGUUAAUCAAUUCCGAAAUGGAUAUAGGUGGCAUAGUAGAAGCUGAGAAACCAUUUUACAGACAUUUUAAUCUCAAAUAUGUAAACGCUAAUAUAAAUGUAAAUGCUAAUAAUAAUUCGUUGUGCUUAUGAAAGUAUCUAUGAAAAGACAACUAAAAAUAAUUUGCAUCGAAUAUCGCGAAUUUUAACACGAGAGAAUAUUAAGUAAUGGUGAAAUUGAGAAGCGUCACUCACCAGACGUAUCGCGAAAGUUACAGGACGUUCAAAUACUUGAUCUAAAAGACUAUAUGCAAAAGUACAAAAUGAAUAUUUUCUAAGGAUGUAAUAAUUCGUUUUCAAGAAAACUUAAAAAAAGGAUAAAUCAAUAUGAAAAUCGGCUCAACGCUACACGUGAUUUUAAUUUUCAUCAAUAUUCGUAAUGCACAACCUCUUUACGCUGUUUCUUAUUCUAAUCGACUUUAUGAUAACAGAAUUGCCAAAUUCCACGGCGAUACAAUUGCGAACGCAAUCUUCGACAGAUAAAAUUUCAACAACAACUGCGAUGCCAUCGCCAACAACAACAAGAAUCUUAAAAAUAUAUAAUAGACGAGCAAGAAAUGGUGAUUAUAAACUAUUUGCAAUAAAUGAUGUAAUUGAAGCUUUUAAAAAGGAUUUAAUAGAAAAGAAACAAACAUUGGAGGUAUUAUUCAAAGUGCAAUGGUAUUCCACCACUUCAAUUUAAAAUAAGAAAAUUGUGAAAUUACACUUUAUUAUAGUAAUUACGUGUAUCGUAAAUUUAAUAUCUAUUGUUUUGAACUUAAUGAUUCACCUUCACACCUUGUGGUGGUGUUGAUGGUGGGGGAAAUAAAAGAGAAAAUCGAUAUGAAGUGAGUCCACUUGUCGAUCGAUCCAAAAAUGACACAUAUGCUAGGACUAUCGGUAUCAAAGGUUGUUUACAAACAUUGCAUAUGAGUAUGCAAUAAGACACACCACAGGAAAUAUGAUAACAAAAAAAUAUACAGAUUUUUAAAGACUUUUUCCACUAUUGUGUCGGAUGAAGAUAGAAAGAAACUCAUCAGUAUUCAAUCACAUCUGGAAUAUGUAAACAAUUUCAAGAUAAUUAAAAACAAGUACUGUGAACAUUAUGAGGGCUGCGCUGGGACAGAUGAGAAUGCUGCAUGUGGACCAGACACAUGGCAUUGUACAUACUGUUAUGAAACUCUUUUCUGGUUCGUAACGCUAGGUCAUGAUUUUUCUAAGAGAAAUACACUUGCACGUUUUUAUUACAAGGCUCUUUUAUUUACGAUCAAUUUCUUUAGGGGUAGGGUUAUUUACAUUUUACUCUUUUACUCGUCAAAGUGGCGAGUAGGCAAGAGUCUCGACUAUCAACUCAAUGGUC